AUGGCAAAACUACCUGAACGCCCUUCAACCAAACAAUUCAUUUCUUACAUGCGUUUAAGCAUCGAGAUUCUCCUCAAUGCAGAGAACCAAAACCAUGGGCUUAUCCCCCCUCUCUCCCCCACCCCGAGCUACCUUCUGUCUGCUCCUAUCACGCAAUUCCGCCUACCGACCACGGGAAAGCGUUUAACUGUGAGUUAACGUCAAAUCAAGACAGUAACUCGCGCGUUUGUACCCCCCGGUGAAGGUUUCGCCGAAAUUCCGGCCGGAGGAACGGCCAACCCGCGUUGGGUCUGGAGGUUGGCGCGCUUGAAGCGCAUCGAGACUAUGAUAUGGUAGCCCGAGCUAGAUACAUUAACCACCCCUAAGAGCCAUCGUACCAUAUGGCGCAUUAACUGUACGAGUAAACCACUCUACGGGGUCCCCUGCUCCGGUUGGGCUUAUUUAUCGAUUUCAAAUCUCUACCCUCUGAAACAUCCGACACUCGGAAGAUUCAGCCGGCCCCGCCCGAGCCAUUGGAGCACUAACGUUUCGCAACCAUGGGAAAAAGCAGUUUGAACCUUGUAUCAGAAAGUUGAGCUCAUGUUAUCAAACCACAACCGGCCGGUCGUUCUCUGACGGAAAGGCGUCGAAUGCGUGGUCUUUACCACAAUUACAGGUAUGAUAGCCGGAAUUUUUUUUUGAAGAAAACCGCGAGGCUUUCAAGCCGCACGCCAGUUGGAUCGUUGCCCCAUCCAGGGAUACUGCUCGAGUAAAGGCUGAGGUUAGACGAGCAUGCAGAAUUACGGUAAGGUACCCUGUUUUCUUUUCUUUUCUUUUUUUUUGUAGGUCUAACCCCAACCACGGUCAUAAAGCUGUUGUUACCUUGUCCACGUUUGUCAGAAUUAUGCUCAAGGCAGCAAAUACUGAGUACUGUACAGUACUUGCAUUGAAGCGCGGAUCACGGAACUUCUCAGAUUUGGGCCAUAACAAUGUAUAUUAAGAAGAACCGGAUAAAUCCUAGCGACAGA